UCUGUCAUCUUGCUGUCAUCCAACAAAUAAUGUUCACGUAUCGUGCGUUCGUGGAUUGCGUUGUGUGAUUUGAUAUUUUUAACUUUCGCAAUUAAUUAUAUCAAUUCAAUAAGUGUACCAAGCUAUUUAACAAAAGAAUAAUGGCUGAACCAAACCCACAAGCAGGCGACACCGGCCCACCAAAGGGCAUGCCUGCGUUAAAAGCUCACGUUAUUGCCAACAAAGUAGACGUCGCCCUGUGGGGUGUUAGAAUUUUAACUAUUCUGUGCACUAUCGGAUAUGUCAUCCCUAUUUUCACCAAUCCCGUGUCAUCAUUCUACAAGGCACUCCUAGCGAACGCCGCGACAUCAGCCCUCCGUCUCCACCAGAGGAUACCGCCAAACGAAAUAGCACUCUCUAGAGAGUUCCUCAACAGAUUCUUCCUUGAGGACAGCGCUCAUUAUCUCUUCUAUUCAUUGAUCUUCAUGAACGUCACACCGCAUAUAUUAAUUCUGGUGCCAAUAUUCCUGUUUGCGAUGCUCCACGCAGCUUCCUACUCGCUCGUCAUUCUUGAUACUCUAGGCCAGAACUCAUUGUGGGUGGUUCGCAUCGGUAUCUCGCUGGUGGAAUUCCAAGCGAGGAACAUUUUGCGCGCGGCCGCAUUGGCUGAAAUCGUGCUAUUCCCGCUCAUCGCUUUCUUAGCCCUACUCGGGUACAGCGGCUUGCUCUCGCCGUUCAUGUACUACUACUUCGUGACGUGGCGGUACGCGUCCCGCCGCAACCCGUACACGCGCAACACGUUCCGCGAGCUGCGCGAGUUCGCCGAGCGCACCGCCGCGCGCCCCGCGCUGCCCGCGCCGCUGCGCUCGGCGCUGCUCGCCGCCGUGCAGCUCGUGUGCCGCCUGGCGCCGCCCGUCGAGAUACAGCAAUAAGCAUUGCCGUCGAAUCAUCGAUGCAUCACUCAACAGCCUCUGGAAAUAUUUAUUUUAUUUUAAGCUGUUACUCUUUGACAGAUAAUAAUAAAAAUAAACUGCAGACUUGCUCCUUGGUGCAACCAUAGACAAAAGAGCACACAUGAGUCAAAAUAUGUUUAUAAAAUUCUUUUUAAUCUAUGGUCAUUAUUAUACAAUUAUAAAAUAUAUAAGGUACGGGUUAAAAGGUACUAUUUCAUCCAACUCUGUCCAAAUUAAAGCUUAUGUGUGCUAAAUUUGCCUUUUAUAUCUAUGUAAUAAAAUCUGGAUUUAGGCUAAUAUACUGCAAAUGUGUUUUAUCACAUGCAACACUGACCUAAAUUUUAUUUGUAUCGAAAAAAUCAUUUGUCUGUAAGUCGCAGAUAGGUUAAGACUAGGGUUUUUUGCUGUCUAAGUUACAUAUAUAUAAAAAAGUACACUGUGCAUGUUUGUAUGUUAUAAGUUGGUUGUAUUGAAUUAUUGUAUUGUGUACCGGGUCUAAUGUAAGAUUAAUUUUUAUGACACGAGAACAAUUUUGGUCCAAUUUUAUUUAGCUAUUUAAGGAGUUGUAGGAUAAUUUUAAUCAAUUUUACCUCUAGCCUUGUCAAUAAUGUGCUAAAAGUUCCAUACACAUUUCAAAUAAAAGAAAUCAACGACGAGGUAUUUGUUAUCUAUGAUCUUGUAUGUCUAUGGUUCAUUUGAACAUUGCUGAAAAAAAAAAGAUUCUCUUUUUAAUGACUCAAUUUAUCUUUGUUUUGCAUUUAAUUUACACUUCAUUUCCAAUAUAUGUAUUAUGUGAAUACGGUUAUACAUAAAAUAGAAAAUAAAUACACAUUUUGUAUUAAGACUUAAUAUUUGCACUUGGUUUGGGAUGAAUGUAGUAAGGAUUUUAAAUAAAUGUUGUUUAAGAAA